AGACGAGGAGGAGGAGAUGGCACAAGACGCAGUUGGGCUGCGGAGUUCUAUGAGCUGUUCAUCAAAGAAUCGCAGACUUUAGAAAUGAAACAUGGUUAAUUUCUCUAAAAUGCAUUCAAUGGAAACAGCAUACUCGCGGGAGUCGACUAGGACCUGCACAACGGUCGGACAACAUUCAGACACAUUGGUUUCAUAGGACGACGAUAGCUAACCUGGUCUCAGUCCCAAUGUACGGGCAUAUUAGGAAAUAUUAUGAAUAACUGGUUUUAAUAUAAUAGGUAGCUACUACCCGUCUUUUGAGUUCCCCUCUGGACUAUUUGAAGAGCUGUUUGGACUCAUGAAUUCUUCAUUUAUUCUUGACAAAAAUUCCAAGAUGACGGUGGAAGGUUCUACAAUUAAAAGUCGGAUUAAAAGUCUGCUGCGUUCACCAUCUAUAAAGCUGAGAAGAAGUAAACCUGGGAACAACAAGGAGAAUCUCUCUAACAAGGUAACGCUCGAGAAGGUCUUGGGGAUCACCACAUUGGGGAACCGUGCGUUGGCCAGCGACCCGCGCUCAGGCCUGGUGGCCUACCCUGCAGGAUGUGUCGUGGUGUUGUUGAAUCCUAAGAAGAACAAAACGCAUCACAUCGUCAACAGCUUCAGGAAAACCAUCACCACUCUAUCCUUCUCUCCCGAUGGCAAAUACAUGGUCACUGGCGAGAGCGGGCACAUGCCGGCGGUGCGCGUGUGGGACGCGGCGGAGCGGACGCAGGUGGCCGAGCUCCAGGAGCACAAGUACGGCGUGGCCUGCGUGGCCUUCUCGCCCAACAGCAAGUACAUCGUCAGCGUGGGCUACCAGCACGACAUGAUCGUCAACGUCUGGGCCUGGAAGAAAAACGUGGUGGUGGCUGCCAACAAGGUGUCCAGCAAGGUGACAGCUGUGUCCUUCUCCGAUGACAGCUCCUACUUUGUCACGGCUGGGAACCGACACAUCAAGUUCUGGUACCUGGAUCACACCAAGUCCUCCAAGGUCAACGCCACGGUGCCCCUGCUGGGCCGCUCGGGUCUCCUGGGGGAGCUGCGCAACAACUUCUUCAGCGACGUGGCGUGCGGGAAGGGCCGCAAGGCCGACAGCACCUUCUGCAUCACCACCUCGGGCCUGCUGUGCGAGUUCAACGACAAGCGGCUGCUGGACAAAUGGGUCGAGCUGCGGACCACCAUGGCCACGUCUCUGUCGGUGACGGAGGACCUGAUCUUCUGCGGCUGUGCCGACGGGACGGUGAGGGCCUUCAGCCCCAUCAACCUGCACUUCAUCUGCACGCUGCCCCGACCGCACAGCCUGGGCACCGACAUCGCCACCGUGGUGGAGGCCAGCCACCUGUUCUCCUACAAGCCGGACGCGCGGUACCCGGACACGGUGGCCGUGUCGUAUGACCCGACCAACCGCUGGCUCUCGUGCGUCUACAACGACCACAGCCUGUACGUGUGGGACGUCAGGGACCUGAGGAAAGUGGGCAAGGUCUACUCGGCCCUGUACCACUCCGCCUGCGUGUGGAGCGUGGAGAUGUACCCAGAGCCCAAAGACGGUGAGCAGCCAUGUAUGCCCCUGGGCUCCUUCCUCACCUGCUCCUCGGACAACACGGUCCGCCAGUGGAACACGGACGCCCACAACGCCAGUCUCAGCCGCAACCUCAUCAGCAACGACCUGCAGAAGGUCAUCUACAUGGACAACAGCACGUCGGCGCUGCUGGACCCCGACUGCACCAUGAGCAGCAGCAACACGGAGAAAGCCGACCCGCAGACGUCCGAGAACCGCACGGGCAUCAGGACCAUGUGCGUCAGCCCCGACGGACAGCACCUGGCCUCCGGGGACCGCAACGGCACCUUGAGGAUCCAUGAGCUGGAGUGCAUGGAGGAGAUCAUGAACGUUCAGGCCCACGACUCUGAGAUCCUGUGCCUGGAGUAUUCCAAACCAGAAACAGGUUUUAAGCUGCUGGCCACAGCGAGUCGUGAUCGCCUGAUCCAUGUCCUUGAUGCGGAGCGUGAAUAUGGCCUGGUGCAGACACUGGACGAACACUCCUCAUCCAUCACCGCAGUGCGCUUCGCAGCGAACGACGGCAAGGUACGGAUGAUCAGCUGUGGCGCAGACAAGAGCAUCUACUUCCGCACCGCUCAGAAGACAGACGAAGGGACGGUGUUUACACGAACCCAUCACAUCGUGAGGAAGACGACGCUCUAUGACAUGGACAUCGAUCCCACCCACAAAUACGCCGCCAUCGGCUGUCAGGACCGCAGUAUAAGAAUCUUCAACAUCAGCAACGGCAAACAGAAGAAGCUGUAUAAAGGCUCCCAAGGAGAAGAUGGGACUCUUCUUAAGGUCCAGACAGACCCAUCAGGCUUAUACGUGGCCACCAGCUGCUCCGACAAGAACAUCAGCAUCUUCGACUUCUACACCGGAGAGUGUGUGGCCACCAUGUUUGGACACUCCGAAAUUGUGACUGGGAUGAAGUUCACCAAUGACUGUAAACACCUCAUUUCGGUCUCUGGAGACAGUUGUAUCUUUGUGUGGCGUCUGAGCCCUGAGUUGACCAUCAAUAUGAGACAGCGCCUCUCUGAGCUCAAGAACAGCAAUAAACCGGUUCAGAAGACCCCUCCACACAAACCCAUCCCUCUCAGCACGCGGAGGGAAGUCCAUAGUGCUCCUGCCAUCGCCACCAUGUCCUCUGACAGUGACAAGGAGGUGGAGGAGGAGGAGGGUAUCGAGGAGGAAGAUGAGGAGGAGCUGGCCUACCCACUCACCUCCUCCGGUAGCAGCACUGGGGAGGACAACGGUUCCUCUGAGGAAAGGCACAACUCUCUCAAUUCCUACGGCAAAAAGGACGGCAGUCGGCGGAGCGAGACGAGUGGCGUGUCGUCCGACGGCUCUGGGUCGGGUUCCGGGCCGCGUCCCCGCCGGCGCUGGUCCAGGCGCAUCGGCAACAUGGAGCUGAUGGUCAAGUCCAUGCUGGACCUGCGGCAGCUGGAGUCCUUCGCCAUGCCGCCCUCGCCCGUCAAGACCCCCAUCCACGAGAGGCUCACAGACGAACAGCUGGGCAGCACCAUCAGCCUGCAGACCAUCCACGCCUGGGGGGAGGACGCGGAGGAGAGACCCCAGCGCAUCCACCCUCGCCCCCAGUACAUCCGGCUGGCCUCGGAGACGUCCGACAUCGAGCCCGCCGUGCUCUACCCAGAGGGCUGUGAUGACCGGGUCAGCCUGGCUGGCAGUGAGUAUCAGGUGAAGGAGACGGCCGGGGUGCUGGCGAGGAGUGUGAGGGGAGGCCACUGCCAUGACAAGCACAGCCCUGACAGCGCCUGCUCAGUGGACUACUCCAGCAGCAGACUGUCCAGCCCAGAGCACCCUGGUGAAGACACCGACCCCACAGAGCCUCUGAGCGUGGAUGGGAACUCGUCUGAACUGGACAUGGAGGAGCUGGAGGAAGAGGAGGAGGUGUUUCAGAAGAGCGAGCCCAAGGCCUCCGUACCCCAGACGCCUGACCAAGAGGCCUUCCUCAAGAUGCACUUCGGAAACCUGUCGGAACAAAACACACCAACGAGUCCUACCAGAACCCCACCCUGCAUCACAGACAGCGUGAGCAUGUCGGCCAAGUUCCUGUCCCAGACCUCCACCAGCAGAAGCCCGUUCCCUUUCCCCUCCAAGUCCACUGCGGACGCUAAGGGAGCCAGCGGGGUGGUUCGGCCCUUGGUCUCAGAGGUGCGCCCUCUCAUGGAGGAGCGGAGCGCUUCCCCGGCGCGACCGGAAGUGGAGCGCGCUCCGCAGAAGAUCACGCCCACUCGCUGCACGCCACAGAAGAAGAGGGUGUCCGUGGACAACAGAAGGGUGAUCGGCCCUGUGGCCAAGGCAGUAGCGGCCCAUAGCAAUACUGGUGGGAUGAGGAAAUCUCAGUCGGCAACUCAGCUGAACAUCCUCGUUGAGGCCGAGGCAUCUCUGUCUCCUUAUCGACCCUCUAAAGAGGUGGCGCCUCAGCCUCACGUCGGCGACCGCGCCUACCUCACCACGCCUCGCCGCACCCUCCCCUCCGUGCCCGCCGUCUCCAGCCCCACCUCCCCGACGGCCCGCGACGGCCCCCCCACCACGCCCACGUGCCCCAAGCCCAAGUCCCGCUCCUACAUGAGCCCCACCACCAGCUCCAUGGCCAAGAUGUCGCGCUCCAUGUCCAUGGGCGAGUGCCUCAACGUGGAGGGAGAGGACGCCGGCUCGCCCGCGGGGGAGAACCGUCGCGGCUCCGGCUCGGAGUCCACCAAAAGCAGCGGGGCGUCCUCGACUAGAACCACCACGCCCAUGAUUCUGUCCCCCACCGGGUCGGUGUCGUCGCCUUCGGGCGUCGUGACGCCCCACGCUGCCGUCAUCCCUACCCUUAAUGCCUCUGCUUCUGGAGGCUCCGCCAGCAAAGCUCUCCCAGGCAAGCUCCCAGGCAGCGCUCUUCGACCCCAGCUGAGUCUGGACAUGUCCAAGCCCCUGCCGGACAAGCCCUCGGUCGCCUCCUUCUCCCCCAACGGCAAGUCCUCCAAGCCGAUCCGGGAGGAGCCCGCCCCCUUCCGCUCUCCGGCUACCAUCAACCCCCUCCAGGGAAGCGCCCAGAACCAACCCCCGGCGCUCUCCAGCAACAUCCAGCUGGUGGCGGCUCUCUGCAGCAACGUCGCUCCAGAAGUCCCCCGGGAGAACCUCCAGCCCGCCCUCUGCGCCGAGCAGAACCAGGCCUCCGAGAAACCCGCCGAGAGCAGGCAGACGAGCGCCCAGGGGGCGGAGAGGACUUCGGCCGUGCCAGAGAUGAACCCGACCGUGGCGGGCCACUUUGGCGCGCCCGUCCUCGCAUCUCCAUGUCCGUCUACGUGCCAGUCCGCGCAGGAAGCAGACCCCUCGGUUAACAUUGACGCCUGCAGAGUGGCGGCUAGUGACCUUCAGAGCAGCAUCAGAAGGGCAUGCCAGCUUUACCGCAUGGUAAACAGCGGUCCCAGUUCAGAAGUGCCCCAGGAGCAGCUGGAGAUGGCGCGUGUGUUAGCUGAGGCGUUGGACGGCGUGAGGGCCGAGCUGAACACCGUCCAGCCCUUCGGUCCGAACCCGCCCGUAAGUGCCGCCGCCGCUGGCCUGCUGUGCACUGUGGGCAGCCGGGCGUCGGCCGCGGGCGAGGACAAAACUAUGGCCCUGCUGGAGCAGUACUCAGAACUCCUGCUACGGGCCGUGGAGCGCAGGAUGGAUAGCAAGUGCUGAUUACACAUAAGGAAAAUAUGAAUAAUAAUAAUAAAAACAAAACAAUCCAACAAGCAAGCAAGCGUGAUAUUCGCAGACUAACAAAAAGACAGAAGGCUUUCGUUGCUCCCUUUUUUUUCUUUUUUUUUUUAAUCAAAGCAGUCUUUGUUUUCUAAGACAAUUAAAAAAAAAAAGACAAUGGAGAAAAAGCCUGUGUUUUUUAAGGACUUGAGAGACUAAUUGUUUUGUGUUUGAAACCGUGUCCAACUGAGGAUGAAGGAGUGCUUUUUUUUUCUUCUCUCAAGUAGACACUUGAUUGUACCCACUCCCUCUUUUCUACUCUUUGCUGUUCCAGAAAGGAUUAUGCUGAUGUGUAACCAACCAACCACGCAUCUCACAGACUGUCUCGACCAAUCAUAGGACAGGCACCAUGGGUCUUUAGGAACACUGCCUGAGCACCAUUGGUGUGGCUUGACUGCACUACAGAGACAGUUACAGUUACAGUUACAGUUACAGUCCCUACCUCCCAGAUUAGUGUGCUACUUAGAACACUCUCUUAACCACCACUCCUGUCAGCCAUUGCCAAAUAUUGUGACCCCCUUGACUUGACAUUUUACUUAUGUUUUUUUUUUUUUUUUUUUAAGUUUGUUUGCUGUUUUUGUAGAUAGAACGCUAGUUAAAUAGUGACCUAUCUGCAUCUUAGGUGACUUGAACUCUGGACUUUUUCCCUCAGCAGGUUGUGUUUGUCAGUAGUGAAGGAACUAAACUAAAACCAUUGCGAUGGUAAAAGUGAACUGUUGAACUGUUUUUGAAAGAUAGACAAUGAACUGUUGAAAGUGUGAAAGGAGACAUUGUAGGGCUUUCAAGGAGGUGACACUUUUACUUUUUGAGAGUAAUUCUCACCGUGAUAAUGUGAAUAAUCAUGUGAGUGUGUGUGUAUGUAUGUUUGUGUUUAUAUUCAUAUUGUCCAUUGGCAAGGUUGUACUCUGAGAGGUCCAGACUUGCAGGCAAUGUCACAGCACUUUCUGCAAUCAAAUCUUCCAGAGGGGACUCGGUUCAUGCGUCCCCCCUCAUGCGUCUUAAAAAAAAAAGCCAGAUUUUAUGUUUUUACUCGUAUGAAACAGUGAUUUUUUACAGUGUGUUUUUGAGAGACUAUUAGGUAGAUGUGGAACAUAUUACCAUAUUUAUUCUGAUGUAGUAGGUCACAAGGAGGGCGAGAUACAAACUCCUCAGCGUGGUAGAGAGCGCAUUUUUGAUACUGGAUACAGGAAGUGCCCGCAGAUCAGAGACAGGGUCAAAGGUGACUUCAGUGUCUUCAGGAACAGGGCGACAUCACAGACAAAAAAAAAAAAGCUCCCUCUAAAUUCCAAAUAGUGCAUUUUUUUUAUCUCAAGGAAAUGGGUGCCUUAUUUUCAAACCAGCAUUACAUAAAAAGAAGAAAACAGUGUGCUUUUGCAUCGCAAACCAGGAUUGCUUUUGUCUGGUUUCCAUUAAAAGAUGUAAUUUGUCUGAUGUGAUUUGUCGCGAGGAGAGAAGCUCUGGUCUUGUGACACUCAAGGAAUCCCCCCACACCCUGAAGCAGAGUAGAGCCCUGUCACGACCGCUCUGUCCAGAGCCAUACUUUUCCACAAGUCGUGCAAAACACACAGACACAAGUCUGUGAUUCACAGCCACUUGACGGUGCAGUUACCAUAGACUGCUUUUGAACACUUUGAGUCACUCCGUAACCGUUGCCAGUACAAUCAAAUUAGACACUGGCGAGGCGUCACAUGAUCCGGGUUCUGAGGGGACCUUUUUUAUGCGGUGUGGACACAGACUCUCUCUCUGCAGUGCUCUGGCCUGGGGCAUUCCCUCACUUCUCUUUGUUUUUUUAAAGCAGUGUAAAGCACUUUCAUUCCUUUGAACUAAUGGUCUUUUUUGAAUAAUGAUGUGUGUGUGUGCGUGCAUUAAGAAUACUUCUAAGCUAUCAGAUUUGUCUUUUAUGAUGUAAUGUCCUUUUUUGGGUGUACUUUCCUCCCCCUGUUGCUGAACUAUUAGAGCUUGUGCUGUCACCUUGGAGGACCGUUUCCUCUGACUGAGUUUUAACACAACACUGCCUCCCUCUGGUGUAAGUCAACCUAGUCGCCCAAUAACACAAAACACCAGACUCUGUUUCUGUACAGUGACCAAGAUGCCAGGUAUUUCAUUAAAUCCGGUGCUGGAAUUGGGAUUGUUCCAAUUCUUGAAUGAAAUCAUGUCUUCAGUGACCAAUUCAUAUUUGAAAGUCCCAUCCUAUCCAGAGCAGUGCCUAGUCUCUCUGGAUGAAAGAUCUUUAAUUAGUGAAAUACUUUGGCAUCUUGGUCAUCUCUCACAAAACUUCUCUGUAUAGGUGUAGAAUACCGUGCGCUUGGUCAUAUUUAUUAAGUACACUGUGACUGUGGUGUAAUUAAACGGAUUUGAAUUAGCAAAUUAAUCUCAUUAAGGCCUCUCCCCGAUAUCAUGCUCACUCAUCUCAUGCAGAACUCACACUAGAGUAAGACGAAACAUGCUAAGUGCAUUUUUAUACGACUUAAUGAUUGUGCAUGGGCUGCAACAUAUUUAGAAGGCUGCACUUAAACAUAAUGUAGGACUUUAGAAGGUCAAGGUGAUACUAUGGUAAAGCAGGUAGAAAUGUGACUUUUUUUUAUAUCAAACUCAUAACCUUUAGCAAUGACUGCAGGGUUCCUUGAAUCACGGCCCUUGAGGGCCAGAACAAGAUAUUGUCCUAACUUACUAUAGACUUAUUGCUUGUACUUUAUCUCCCAGAUAAACUUUUGUCAAACUUCAUCUGACAGGUAAAUCUGUGGACCUGGCAGUAACUUUACUUUUACCAGUUAUUUUUAGGUCGCCAUACCUCAAAUGAUUGGUCACCCCUGUAGAACUUGUCACUACUAUGUUCUCUUAACACUCAACCUGCAGUAGUGAUACUGUCAUUAUACCUCUGAUCACUUGAGUGUGACAUUUGCUAAUACUUGUCAGUUUUAAAAUGAAGUAGCGAUGGAAAUAAUAGGUCUGAAGACUGGUCCAUGAGGUAGGUUUGAGGAACGCUGCAUAGCUGGUAUGUUGUUAGCACUAAGCAUUUUUGAAAAAAAUCACUUAGAAGGCUGGAAAAUGAUGAACAGAACUGUAUGUGGCACUACGGCGAUUUGAAAAAGGCCGGUGUCUUUCGGUCGCUAGCAUGGGCACAUAUGCAUGAAGACGGACGGGCGGUAGGGCUGGCUUGAGUCUCACUAAUAGAAUGCAUGGUUGUAAUAGUUGACUUGCGCUGCAUAUAAAGUCCAUUCAAAUCUCUUCUAUUCUUUGCUAUACUCCUGAAGCUGACUAAUUCUUAUCUCCACUGAUCGAUCUUUUUACUGUGUGUUUGUGUUUUUGUUUGUUUUUGUAUGACUAUGAUGAUUGUCUUAGUCUUAAAACUACCAGGUGGACCAGAUGGUUUCCCUUACUUGAGGCUGUUUCUUUUUGGAAACUUUUGUGACUCCUUCUACGUUCUUGCACCGAUGCUAAGUUCAGAGUGUUUUUACCCUCAGUGUUUAUAUAUUCUCUAUAUCCUCAAGAAAAAAAAAAACAUUCUUCCAAAAUAGACGAAGAAUGGAAUAAAAACAAUGGUAUUUAUU